AUGAACUGCUUGAGCUGCGACGCGCUUCCGGCGCCGCUGCCGCCCGGCGACCCGCGCUCCAAGCGCUCCAACUACCACCAUAAGGCGCUGGUGGAGAUCCGGCGCUCGCUGAUGCCGUUCGCGUGCGGCAGCGGCGGCGCCGGCCGCAGCCGCCAGGAGCUGCUGCAUCAGCUGACGCAGCUGGGCCACGACGAGCCGCAGCUGCUGCGGAUCACGGGCGCGCGCAACCUGGACGAGCUGAUCCGCUCCAUCAACGGCGCCGGCCCGCUGUGGCGCGGGUACGCGGCCGAGCCGCCGCCGCCGCCGCCGCCGCCGCGCUCGCUGCCGCCGCCGGCGCCGCCGUCGCCGCAGCUGCCGAGCCGCGUGCAGCAGCAGCUGCGCCGCAUGUCGCCCGUGCCGCCGCGCGCCCCGCAGCCCAACUACGUGAACGUGUCGGGCGCCUCGCCGGCGCCGUCGUCGCAGCGCGGCGCCAGCCCGGUGGGCCGGCAGCCGAUGGUGGUGCACAACGGGCCGGCGGUGCAGCAGCAGCUGACGCAGCAGAUGCAGGCGCUCAGCCUGGAGCCGCCGCCGCCGCCGCCGCCGUACCCGAUGGGCGCGACGCCGAGCGGCCCGGCCGGGGGGCGGCUCGCCACACCGCCGCCGCCGCCGCCGCCGCCCAGCUAUACGGUCUCCAUGCAGACGCGCCAGAGCCCGACGCAGGAGUACCGGCUGGCGGCUAUCCAGAGCCCCAGCAUCUCGCCCGUGUCGUGCUCGUCGGGCAGCGCGACGCCCGUGUCGGCCGGCGGCCGCGGCUCGGUGCUGCACUCGCUGCCCGCCUUCCAGGCCAAGUCGCACUCGCCCAUCAUCAUGCAAUCGGUCAAGUCGACGCACGUGCAGAAGCCGGUGUUGCAGACGGCGGUGGCGCCGGCGCUGCCGUCGUACCCGGUGAGCCCGCCGCCGCUGCAGCCGCCCACGUACUCAGAGUCGGUGCAGCUCAAGCGGCAGCUGGCGGACGGGCCGUUGCCGGCUGGCCAGCCGCCCACCUACCAACAGACGCUGGCCGCCUCCAAGCUGGGCUCGCCGCCGUCCGGUCUGGCUGAGGCGGCCGAUGUGACCCUGGUGGGCAGCGGCGGCGGCGGCUGUUGUGAGCUGGACGUUUCGAACACGCCGCUGGCCAGCAUCACCAACACCAUCAUGACGGGCGACCUGCCGUUCCCGCAGCCGCUCGACGCCGACGAGAAGGCGGACGAGAGCCCGCCGCCGCCGCCGCCGCCGCUGCCGCCGCAGCGGCCGCCGGCCGUGCUGCCGCGCAAGCCGGCGGCGGCGCUGCUGGCCGAGCGCUGCGACAGCCCCAGCUCGCAGGAGUCGCACCCGCAGAGCCCGGUCAGCUUCGUCAUGUCGGAGGACACGGGGUACAGCUCGGGCGCGCCGAGCAGCCGCGGCCUGCCGCCGCCGCCGCCACCGCCGCCGUUGCCGGCGCCGGCGCCAGAGGCGGCCGGCGACUUCAAGAUGACGCACCAGUCGCCGAUCCCCGAGCGCAAGCGCAUCAGCCGCGAGCGUGAGGAGGAGCGCCGCGACAGCAAGGUCAAGCUUUACUCGCCGCAAGCCUUCAAGUUCUACAUGGAACAGCACGUGGAAAACGUGCAGAAGUCGUGCGAGCAGCGGCUGCAGCGGCGCCGGCAGCUGGAGUCGGAAAUGUCCAAGAGCAAUAUGAACGACCAGACGCGCAACCAGAUCCGACGCAUGCUGUACCAGAAGGAGUCCAACUUCAUCCGGCUGAAGCGUGCCAAGAUGAACAAGCGCAUGUUCAAGAAGGUGAAGGUGAUCGGCGUGGGCGCCUUCGGCGAGGUGACGCUCGUCCGAAAGAUCGACACCAACCACCUGUACGCCAUGAAGACGCUGCGCAAGAACGACGUACUCAAGCGCAACCAGGUGGCGCACGUGAAGGCGGAGCGAGACAUCCUGGCCGAGGCGGAGAACGAGUGGGUGGUGCGGCUCUACUACUCGUUCCAGGACAAGGAUAGUCUCUACUUUGUGAUGGACUACAUUCCGGGUGGGGACUUGAUGUCGCUGCUGAUCAAGUUCGGCAUAUUCGAGGAGCCGCUGGCCAGGUUCUACAUCACGGAGCUGACGUGCGCGCUGGAGUACGUGCACAAGAUGGGCUUCAUCCACCGCGACAUCAAGCCGGACAACAUCCUGAUCGACCGCGAGGGCCACAUCAAGCUGACCGACUUCGGCCUGUGCACCGGCUUCCGAUGGACGCACAAUUCAAAAUACUACAGCUCCAACGCGCACAACCGGCAGGACAGCAUGGACCUGGCCGAGGACUGGAACAACGAGUGUCGCUGCAGCAACCGGCUGCACGCAGGCAACAAGCCGCUGGAGCGGCGCCGGCGGCGCGAGCACCAGCGCUGCGAGGCCCACUCGCUGGUCGGCACGCCCAACUACAUCGCGCCGGAGGUGCUGAUGAGGACAGGCUAUACGCAGUUGUGUGACUGGUGGAGCGUCGGCGUCAUUCUGUACGAGAUGCUGGUCGGCCAGCCACCGUUCCUGGCUUCCAUGCCGGCCGACACGCAGUACAAGGUGAUCAACUUCGAGACGACGCUCAAGAUCCCGAAGCAGGCGCGCAUGAGCGGCGAGGCCCGCGAGCUGAUCCUCCGCCUGCUGACCGGACCCGAGCGGCGGCUCGGCAAGAACGGCGCCGCCGAGGUCAAGGCGCACCCGUUCUUCGCCAGCAUCGACUUCGAGAAGGGCGUGCGUCGGAUGCGCGCGCCGUACGUGCCCAAGAUCCGCUACCCGACCGACACGAGCAACUUCGACCCGGUCGACAGCGACCGGCAGCGGGACUCGGACUCGGACUCGGACUCCGAGUACGGCUCGCAGGCCAACGCCGGCGCCGGCGACGACUCGGAGCACCCGGGCUUCUUCGAGUUCACCUUCAGACGCUUCUUCGACGGCUACGGGCCGUCGCAGCCGCAGCGCAUGGUGGACGACCCGGUGUACGUGUGACGUCGCGCGCCGAGCCGUCAGCUCCUCGCCGCCCGGCCAGCCGCGGCCGCCGACUCGCUGCAAUCCGUUGCUGAUGUGUUGUUGAGAUAAUUUAUUUGUAUUGGGAGAGAUCUGAGGCAGGCGCGGCCGCGGCGCCGCUCGUGAUGGGCCGGGCGCGCCCCGAGCCCGGCGCGUGCGUCUGGUGUGGCGGCGAGCGGCAGCGGCCGGCGGGGCGGCGGGCGCCGGCAGCCCCACUAGUCAGCCCGGCCGCCCGGCGGGCACUCGGGCUGCCGCGCGGCGCCCGCCCGUCCCGUCCCGCGACGCCCGCUCACAAGCAUAGACGCAUAUGCCUAUAUCUAUAUAUACAGAGUUCAUAUUUUGUCAUAAUGUUAAUGCCGUUGGUAGUGUGCGCGCGGCGCCGGGCGCGGGCCGCCGCCGCCGCCGUCUCUGCGCCGCUUCCGUCAUGUGCCAACCGUGCCGGCGGCGUCGCACUGCCGGCGCCGCCCCUCCCUCGCCCCUCCGACCCACGCCAGACCGCCGGACGAGCCGGCGCGCGGCCGCGUGCCCGCGCGCCGCGCGCCGCGCGAGGCCGGCGGCAGCGGGCUUCCGUGGACAUCUUGUGCCUUCUCUUCGUCUCCCGGUACCUUGCCAACCGCUCCGCAGACUGUUGAUCUUGGUGAUUUUUACACCCUCUUUUUCACGUCUUUACUUAUAAAUAAACAUUGCCAACUUU